UCUCUGAGUUGCAUGUCAGUUCUUCUGAACAAUACAGUUGUGGGUGGGGAGGCCUGGUUUUAUGAGAUUUAAUUGAGCUAGGCAUUCGGGUAUGUAUUCUGCAGGCGUUUCGUGUGCUGGAGCGUCUGCAGGUUACGUAGAAUUCAAAGGAAAUCGGGCUUUGGAGAAAAAAAAUUGGUUUGAAGCGAUAAGAUUUGGGUUGGUUUAACCAGUUUUUACAGAGAAAUUUUCAGUUUGAAAGAAUGCAUCUUGGAAAGCGGCCACGCCCUCCACCUGGAUCUCCCAUGAGGCGGACCACCAGCAUGUCCUUACUGACGGAGAGAGAAGUGCAGGUCCAUGAGGAACCCUCUAAUGGGGUCGCUGCACAGCGACCUGUUAAUGGCGUCUGCGUUUUUAGGCCCUCGAUCUCGAUGGCCCCUUUUGCCCAUUUCUUCGUCCCGCAGCCGGAUUACUUUCUCCAAUCUUGCUCCCUCUGCAAACGGCACCUCAACCCUGGGAGGGAUAUUUAUAUGUACAAGGGUGAUGCAGCAUUCUGCAGCACUGAAUGCCGGGAUGAGCAGAUUAUUAAAGAUGAACGUAUGGAGAAAUGUGGCGUGGUAGUAAGGAAGAAGGAAUCGGGUUCAACUAAUCACCGGCGUCACCAGGCCACAGCCGGUGCUAACCAAAAUACUCUUGCAGCGGCCUAGUUUUGAACGCCAUGCUCUGUAAAUUUGAUUAGGCUCUGUACCGCCUCUUAUAUCAUUCACUCCAUUCAUCAAUGGAAGAAUUAAUGUCUCUCCAAUCUCUUCUGCUUUCGUUGGAUUGUUUUCAUGUUAUAGCUUUAGUUUCUAUUUCUUAGUCGGCUUUGUUAGGUUAUCUGAUUUAACUGCAUCAACGUUUCGAGUUGUACAAGUGUGAUUAUCAAUUCAGUUUGCAUUUCAGUUA